AUGUACCUCUUCACUUUACUUGCUACGUUUUUCGCCCUUCUCGGCUUGACCGUCGCCGAUGUUGAAAUCACCAAACCUGCCACUGGCGAGUCCUUCAGUGCCUCUGGAGGCUCGGCCAAGGUCAGUAUCCAAUGGAAGGAUACCUCCGACAGUAAGGAUGAUGCAGACUCUCUCUCAAAGGUCCAAUCCUACGCCAUUGUGUUGUGCACGGGGCCAAACUCGGACAUCAGUGCUGUCAAGGCACUCGAAAAGAAGUUGAAGGCUGGUUCCACGUCAUACGAGGCCACCAUAGACGCCAAUAUUGGUCCAAACGGCCAGUACUUUAUCCAGGUGUACGCUGUGUACCCUGACAAUGGCCACUCCAUUUAUUAUACCAACAGAUUCAAGUUGACGGACAUGAAAGGUGAGGCAGACACGUACACUUUUCCUGCCAGUUACUUCUCUAUUUCUGGUGACCAGCCACUGCCUCAGCCUUACGCUGCUGCUCAGCCGACGAAUAUAAACUCGAAAUCCUUUUCUGUCACUUACACCUUGCAAACUGGUAAGACAAAGUUUGCGCCAAUGCAGACCCAGCCGGGCUCUACGGUGACUGCCACGACAUACUCUAGAAGGCAUCCAACGUCAGCGUACACUCCUUACAAGUCCUACAGUCCCUCGCCCAACGCUUUGUCCACCAUCACCCCUGGAUGGGACUACACGGUGGUAUCAAAGGUGAACAGUGCGUCAGUGGCUGGCUACCCUACAGAGUUUUACCCAGCAUCUUCAAGAGUGAGGCAAGCAACACUCAGUGCUCAGAAGAGAAGAAGAUGGCUUGAGUAA